CCUCCUUCCCUUCCAUUCCUCCUGAAGUAGACCGUGGAGAUAUUUUACAGUGAGACGGCCCAGGCACGGGUGUUUCCAAAUCCCAUAAAAUCCAAUACCUAGCACCCAGCCACUCGCGUUACCAGGUUAUUAUCCAUGGCUCUGAGAUCUGUGCUCCUGAAAUCACCUGCAAUUGCCUGACUUUUCCUGAGUCAACUCCCUUCACAAACAGAAAUUGAGAGCGAAGACAUGAAUUUGAUCAUUCAUCCGAUUCUCUCUUUUACAAGAGCUCCAACAUAAAAUUCCCGCUUUUCGUUCUGAUUGCUGAGAUAAUUUGGCUUCUGGUUUUCUCCUCCACUAAAUUAAAUAUUGGGUGGACUGGAUUAUUUUUUAGUGGGCUAUGGGAGAGCAUAUGGCAGCCUUGCACACGGCUACUAACUCUGUUCAAGCAUUGGGUAAAGGCUUUGAUGUGAACUAUGAUACGAGGUUACUCUAUUGUAAAGGCCUGGCGGGGUCUAGGGUAAUCGAGAUUGACGAUGACCACCCGAGGAACCUCCGAUUGUAUGAUGAUUUAGUCGUUCCCAAUGUUUCGAGGGACAUAAAGAGCACUCAGGAGCCCGUCGUGCGUCAGAGUUCUGGAGUCUGCAGCUUCCAAGAGAUGGUGGAAUAUCUAAAUAAGAAGGCUGAUAUACCGGGAAACUUUCCCCUUGGGAGCUUUAACUCCGCAUUUAGCUUCACUGGUUCAAAACUUAUUGAUGCCGCUGCUACAAAAACCCUUUCUUUAGAUGGCUUUUUCAUUCCCCUUGCAAAGGUUCAACUUAUGAAGUCCCACUUAACAUUGCGAGAAAAUGUGAAAAAGGCUGUUCCAGUUAAUUGGGAUCCACCAUCAUUGGCCAGCUUUAUUGAAAAUUUUGGGACACAUGUCAUUACAUCCAUAACUAUUGGUGGUAAGGAUGUGAUUUAUGUUAAGCAACACCAUACUUCACAACUGUCAAAAUCGGAGAUGAAGAACUACAUUGAGGAAAUUGGGAAUCAGAGGUUCUCUGACACCUAUAGCCAGACCAUUUCAGGUCAAACAAAAUCCAAAGAUAAGAGUGUUGAACCAUUUUCAUUCAAUAGUCAAGGGAUACACCCUCAACCGACAAAUGCACCAUAUCUUACUGGGAAAGAGGAUGUGACUGUCAUUUUCAGACGGAGGGGUGGGGAUGAUUUAGAACAAGACCACAGUAAAUGGGAAAAAACUGUUCGGUCAUCUCCUGAUAUUAUUGAGAUGACUUUCUGCUCUAUGAUAGAUCUCCUUGAUGGAUUAAGAGGAAAGGAGUACUUGACUCGUGCUAUUGGUCUCUACCUUGAAUAUAAGCCCCCAAUUGAAGAACUCAGAUAUUUCCUAGAGUUUCAGAUUCCUCGUGUUUGGGCUCCUUUGCAUGACGGGAUUCCUGGUCACCAGAGGAAGGAACCUGUGUGUCCAUCUUUACAAUUCAGCAUGAUGGGCCAGAAGCUUUAUGUCAGCCAGGAACAGGUUACAGUUGGACGUAGGCCAGUAACUGGCAUACGUCUAUGUCUAGAUGGAAGCAAGAAGAAUCGGCUGUGUGUUCAUCUUCAACACUUGGCGACACUUCCAAAGAUCCUUCAGCCACACUGGGACACGCAUGUAGCUAUUGGUGCUCCUAAGUGGCAGGGACCUGAGGAACAAGAUAGUCGGUGGUUUGAGCCAGUAAAAUGGAGGAACUUCUCUCACGUGAGCACUGCACCAAUUGAGAACCCUGAAACCUUCAUAGGUGACUUCUCUAGCGUCUACAUUGUUACCGGUGCGCAGCUUGGAGUGUGGGAUUUUGGAUCGCGGAACGUGUUGUACAUGAAACUUCUGUAUUCUAAGUUACCCGGCUGCACAAUUCGAAGAUCAUUGUGGGAUCAUAGCCCAGACAAGUCACAGAAAACUGUGACUGCUGAGAACUCUUCCAACCCUGAUGACUCAGGCUCUGGUUCUAGGGAAACCAUCACAGGGAACAAAUUGGUGAAGUACGUAGACUUUUCUGAAAUGAGCAAGGGCCCUCAAGAUCCUCCUGGCCACUGGUUAGUUACUGGUGGAAAGCUUGGUGUUGAGAAAGGGAAAAUUGUUUUGAGAGUGAAAUAUUCGUUGCUGAAUUACUGAUUCCACGAUCCAUAUUUUAGUAUGAUGAUGUGGUGUGAUGGUUUUUGGGAGUGUAGGUUGCAGAAGCGGCAAAUUGUUUCCUCUGCUGCUGGCAGUGUUCAUGCCUCAUCUAUAUAUCUGUAUCUAUAAUAUAAAAUCUAUAAGAAGCCAUAUUUAUAAUAGUAUGGCUCAUUACUCAAAUUUUAUGCCAUGAACGAGGAGGGGUCUCAUCUGGUUGGAGUUAAAAAAGAAAAAAAAAUCUUUUCCACCA